GCUGGGCGGUUCCGUUAUUUAUUUACAUACAUUCAGUAAUCAGUAGUAUUUUGGUUUGUGAAUGUGUGAUGUUCCUGUUAUAAAAAGUGCAUAAUUCCUAUUGUAAAGAUUAUUCUCUCAAUAAUUCAUGUUUGAGUCACCACCGACUGCCCUUCUGCGCUCUCCCGGCAUCUCCCAAGUACGAGACUUGGCGUCGCCUUAUGGAGCUGGCUAUGAGAAGAAAGGCGUGACGAUGGCGGCGACAAGUACCAGCUCAUCCUCCUCAGCGUCUCUCGACGCCCCAGAAUUUCAUGAGGACACGGAAUAUGCGAAUGGAAUAGACAAUAUUUGCAAAACACCAGAAGCAAGCAGAAUCUGCCAGCAGACAUCAACCGACCUAGCGAAGCCCGAACGGGCGCUUCUCGCCAAGCUGGAGGAAGAGAACAGAAAGAUCGAGGCGGACGCCAAGUGCCCCAUAGUUAUACGUAGCCGGAGAAGCUCUGUUGGCUCGCAGAUAUCGCAGGCCUCUGCGACAAGUUCGACUCAGGAAGAGACAAAGACCCAAGGGACGUGUUCGACGCAGGACGAGAACAAGUCCCAUGGGACCGGCGAGGAAGAUCUCUGGAGUCUCUGGGGAAGGAUCGUGACUAACUGGGAGUUGGAAUGGAAGAAGAGGAACCAGUUUGUGAGGGACCUCGUACGACAGGGAGUCCCUCAUCACUUUAGAGGCAUCGUGUGGCAGUUACUGGCGGGGGCCGAUGGGUCCCCAGUAAAAAAGCUAUACGCCGGCUACAUAAGAGAAAAAUCAGCAUGUGAAAAAGUAAUUCGACGUGACAUCGCUCGCACAUACCCAGAGCACGACUUCUUCAAGGAAAAGGACGGUCUGGGGCAAGAAUCCCUGUUCAACGUGAUGAAAGCAUAUUCCUUACACGACCGGGAGGUCGGCUACUGCCAAGGCUCCGGAUUUAUCGUCGGCUUGCUUCUGAUGCAGAUGCCAGAGGAGGAGGCGUUUGCAGUCCUUGUCAAGAUAAUGCAACACCAUCGAAUGCGCGACAUGUUCAAGCCAAGCAUGGCUGAACUGGGACUUUGUAUGUUCCAACUAGACAGUCUGAUACAGGAACUAUUGCCAGACUUGCAUGCGCAUUUUCAAGCUCAGAACUUUAACACAACGAUAUACGCAAGCCGCUGGUUUCUAACAUUGUUUACGACCACACUGUCUCUACCGCUCUCGUGUCGUAUCAUGGACGUUUUCCUCUCCGAGGGCAUCGAGAUCGUAUUCAAAAUAUCCUUGGCAUUGCUCACAAUGGGAAAGAACGAUCUGUUCUCGCUAGAUAUGGAGAAUAUGCUCAAGUACAUGCAGAAGGAGUUGCCCGCCAAAGUAGAAGAGAACGCGGAAGAGUUUAUGAAUUUGGCUUACUCGAUUAAAGUAAAUCAGAAGAGAAUGAAGAAGUUGGAAAAAGAGUACACGGUCAUCAAAACCAAGGAGCAGGGCGAUGUUGCUGUAUUGAGGUGUCUCCGCCAAGAGAAUCGAUUACUCAAACAGAGAGUUGAACUUCUCGAGAAAGAGAGUUCAGCCCUCGCAGAACGCUUGGUCCGAGGGCAAGUAGAUCGAGCUGAGGGCGAAGAGGAGACCUUUGCCCUCGCCCGGGAAGUGCAAGCGCUCAGAAGAGCAAAUAUGGACGCUCAACAGCGACUAGCAGUCGCGCAAGAUGAAAUACGCUCCCUUGAGAUGACUAUAGCGGAAAAUAACUCCCGGCAAUCAUCUCUAGAAGGUAUAGAAAACAGUACCAAGGGUGAAGAGCUAGCCAGAUGUCUUCAACGUGAACUGGUGAGGGCCCGGCUUGAUGCCGCUGAAAAGGAGGUAACCGAAAGGGAGCUCGCUGCCAGGAUCAAUGAGCUGGAGAACGAGAACAAGAUGCUGAGGAAACAGAGGGUGGAUAAUAAUGUCGCACAUUUACAGGAUGAAUUGAUAGCGGUCAAAUUACGAGAGGCCGAAGCCAAUCUGUCACUGAAGGAUCUCAGGAAACAAGUCUCUGAGCUGUCCGAAGCCUGGCAACGACAUUUACAAGAACACCGCCAGGAAACCGCACCAGCAGCUGUCCAAUCUACUACUGUGGUGUCCGACCUGAUGGCGACGCCGAAGAAACUGCUGCGUGCUUGGGAGGGCCGCGGCAAUGACACGAAGCUGGAGGAGGAGCUCAUGUCCUGUCGCAUCCGAGAGGUGGAGGCACUCACUGAACUUAAAGAGCUCAGACUUAAGGAAAUGGAGCUUCAUACUCAAGUGCAAGUGUCGACGAACCAGCUCCGCCGACAGGACGAAGAGUUGCGCGAACUUCGAGAGUCGCUGGAUAAUGCGCUGCAGCGAGAGAGAGCGCUGCAGAGCAGACAGCGGGAGUUCCAACACAAAUACAACGAUCUCGAGAGCAAGGCCAAGUACGAAUCAAUGCAAGCUAAUAUAAAGAAUAUGGAAGUCGCGCAACGAAUUGCAGAACUUGAGAAUGAAGUUUCCGAAUAUAAACUCAAGAAUGAAGUUAUGGCUACUGAGGGAGAGUUGCGUAAUAACAUGGACAGUGACACGGAGCGAGUCCGCGAAAUGCAGGAGCAAAUGACUGAGCUGAAGGCAGAGAUAAUGAGACUUGAGGCGUGGAAGGCUCGUGCAAUGGGUCUCACCCUAAGCCGUAGUAUUUCAGUAGAAGACGAUCUGGAAGAAGACGACAAACUCCGGCUUACUCUGCGAAGAGAGUCCUCUACUUCCCUCGACCUCAACAAAACAUAGCGUCGUUUUGGUAGCAUAAGUAGCUUAAGUUUUCUGCUCUUAAUCUAUCUUAACUUAAUAAAACGGGCGUAGUUCGUUUAAAAAGGUUAGAGCUAGUAAAUAAGAUCACAAUACUUACUAUGCAUUCAAAAUGUGAAUUGAUAUGAGCUAAACUGUGCCAAAUGCUUAUUCGCCCUAAUGAAUUACAUUAUUUAGUUGUUUAUUCAUUUUUGUGAACUAUUCGCAUUUUGUUCGCGUAGCGCAAUAAUAUUCUACUCUUAUAAAUUAAAAUAAGUUAUAUGAAAAAACGACUUCAAUGCUUAUCUCGUGUUUUUAGCUCUCUUACCAUUUCUACUGAUCAAGAUAUAUUUGAUUUGAGAUUGAGUUUGCAAGUAUUUUAGAUAGUAGCUAAAUGAAUUUUGUGAGACAGUCGCAGCUUAGAGGAACAUAGAGUACCUUUCGUUGUAUCUGUCGGUGACAUGACGUCGUAUAUAUCUUUUUAAUGAACUACAUUUUCGUUUGGUACUACCAUACAAAAAGAUGCUUCCUGUAAAUGUAUAACAUUGUGGGUUGUCUGAAAAUAUUAGCUGUAUGAUAAAUGACAAUGAACCUGAAAUUAUAAAACCUCUAGCGAGAUCAGUCCCAAAAUCGGACAAUUCCACUUAAUUAUUUAAAUGUAUUAAUUAAAUCAUGACAUUAUGAGGCAGCUAAGUAAGUAAUCGAAAUUAAAUGAUUAUAUUAAGUUAUACACAAUAUUGACAUGUAGAAGCAACACAUUUUUGGCCCCUAAGCGUUGUUUUAAAAUGUGCAGCCGGAAUAUUAAAGUCUGCAAUAAACAUUCGUAAUGUAUCGUUUUGACAAAGAUAGCUGUAAUUUAUUCUCGAGAUAUAUUGUAAUAGUUAAUUUCGCAUGUAGGGUCGUGGUCCUUAUUUGAGGCGCCUUAUGUUAUAUAUAUUUCAAUAAUUUUUAUUGUUACUAUUUAUCUGAAUUUAUUUAAAUCGUUAAAAAUGUUUAUUAUAGUUUAUUUUAAUUUAAAGAAGGUUAUGUAAUAAUGAAUAUCAAAUGAUUUUUCCCAUAAAUACUAGAUUUAAACAUGAAGUUCUGCCACGCAAUUUUCAUUUUUCCGUUUAAAAAUGUCGACUUAGUUUUAAAAUACCACGACUAUUGUGACUACUUAAAUACUAGUUUUAUUAGGUAUUAGCACCGGUGACACUCAUGAAAUAUUGACUUUAAAAAGUUAUUUACUUACUUUAUAAUGAUUAUUUUGCCCGUCAUACUGGUGUCAAUAUGUUUACUUAGCAAUAUAAUGAGGGUAGUCUAAUAAGGUAAGUCUAUUUGUUAAGUCUUCGAAUUAAGAUUAUUAAUACAUAAAUUCAAUGUAUUAUGUCUGUUUUGCAAUAUUCGAUGUGUUACUUUCUCAAAUAUGUCCAAUAUCUUUAAUGAAUUCGUUUUUCUUAACCUCAACUAUAACUUUCCCAGCAUGUUUGUUUAGUUUUUAUGAAUUUUUUAAUUUUAUAUCAGAAGUGUGUGGUCGAAUUUAAUAUAAAUUAAUAUAAUUCUAUUGAUGUCCAUUCCACUUUUUUAUGCUUAAACAUCUAUAAUUUUUAUACAUGCUUAGUUUGUUAUAAUAUACCUUGAGAUUUGACAUAUUUAUUAUGAAAUGGAUUUUUUUUUUACUUUAAUUUAUAUGUAAUUACUUUUACCCAAUUCUAAUUGUACUUCAAUAUGGUUAAGAUACAAACAUUCCACUUAAUGUUCGAUUAAUUUUAUGCUUAAUAAGUUAGCAAUAACUGACUAUACAUAUCUUGUGUGCGGUAUUAUGAUAUAUCUGUUUGUUUUCCUCUGCGUUACCGGAGCGUUAUAAGUGUCUUCACACGCGAUGUGAUUCCGUGCCGCAUCGCGUUUUAUGCUUAACGGCUAUUAGUAUUAACGGGCUAUUGUCAAAGUAUUUAAUUUUUUUUAUUAUGUUCACUGUAAUUCUAUAACCUAUAUAUACAGCGAGGCAUUAUAAUGGCGAUAUUAAAUGAAUACACGGAUAGAGCUAUCUAACCUUAAUCGUAAUAAAAUAAUUCUAAAAUUUAAAGUAAAUAAUUGAAAUUUUCAAACUAAUUUUAUAUUUCUGAAACAUAAUUUUCAUCACCCUUACUUCCUAACUACUACUACUACUUACCUAGUCGCAUAAGACGGCACGAAGUAGUAAGUUUUAAGAUGCGCGAGUCAAGGAAUAACUGAAUGGUUACUUUAUAAAAAAUAACUUUAUUCAAUAAACCCGAUUUACAAUGUUUACGGAGCUAAGACCAAACACAGAAAACUUAAUUUUACGGAAACUUACAUUAUAUAGCUUAUUCUAACAAAGAGAGUCAUAUUUCUGUGGGAAAGUAAUUUGGUACAUCAGCAAUAUUGUUUCCAGAAGGUUCUACACGUGUAAAGUAAAUGUACCUACGACUUGUUGCUAUGCUCUACUUUGGCUGACAAAGCAUAAAUCUAUAGGGUUAGCACCCUUAACUCCUCCCCCCUUAAGAGAGAAAUCAGCUGGAGACGAAUCUUUUGGUUCCAGAUGAUUUCGACGUAUCUGUAGGAUUUUCUUAAACAACUUGAAUUUAACAAUUACAAAGGCUAUUAAAAACACAAACAUUAUGACUAUGAUACUUAUUGUCCAUACACUUAUAUCCUGGGUCACUGAAAUUUUAUUUUUAUCACCACUUUCACUAUUGUAUAUUGCACUAUUGAGAAUAUCUUUGAUAUUGUUAAGGUCUACACCGCGAAGGUCGACCUGGCUGUCUUCUAUUCUGAUUUCUUGUUGCAGCUCUGGCAUCGUUACAGGAUUUAGCAGCAAUUUCACCUCGGGUGUCCUUGUUUCAGCUACUUUACUGAUAAACUUGUCGCCGAUUUGUGUUUCACAGCUUCCAUUGGGAAUUACCAAAAAUGUUCCUUUUAGGUUGUAUUUCCUGGCUUCCUCUUUGCAGGUCUCAGUAAGACUUACGUUUUUCUUUGUGAAAAGUAACCAUAUUCUAUUUGCUACUAGGUGACUUCUAAUGUCCUCUAUUUGUACAACAUUCUCAUGACAUGAAGAAUAGUUUUUAAGAAGCAUUAUUUGUUCUAUGCACGUAGUGUCAGCGUAUUGCACGAUGUUAUCUUCCUUACAAAGUACUCGAUCAUUCUCUAUUUGCUGGCAUGGAGUUGACACGGGUCUGUAUUUCAAUCCAUUCACUAUGAGGUAAGGAUACUCGGGAAUUAUAACAGAUGUUUUUAAAGAAAUAGGAUUAUAUAUAGGUAUCGGGAUAAUUUUGUAAUAAUUAUAUGUGAUCGUGUCUAACAGGGGAACUUCCAACACAAAAACUAACUUAUUAUUAUCAGAAUACGAUUUAAGAACUAUAGUACUUUCUAAUUUCAUUAGGUUGUCUUUACCUACAGUAUACACUAAUCUAUGAUAUUUUUCUAUUUCUAAUAAUAUAUUAAAUAAUUCUGUAGAAUUGAUUAUAGAUUGGUGAAGUAUAUGUAUUUUACUAAAGGCUAUUGCUGUUUCUAUCUCUUGUAUUACAUUAUAGAUAGUUCGAAAGUUAUUUGAGAUUUAAUAAAGAGUAUUCAUUUGACUGACUAUAUUAUGUAUUGUUGACUGAUUAUACUGCAAUGUUCGUAGCUGCGAAGUUUUAAUAUUCAGUCGAAGUAAGUUAUGUUUUAAAUCAUCUGAAACAUUAACAAGCUUAUCGAAAGCCUUUUGCAUAAGUGACAGUUUUCUUUCUACCGAAUGUUCUCUGUCCUUGAGAUGAGUAAUCUCGGAAUUAUAUCUAAUAGCAUCAUCAUUGUCUAAAUUGCCUGAAAUUAAUUUAAUAAUAGAACCUAACGGGUUUAUUUAAGCUUCUUUUUAGCCUUUUACUGGGCAUAAUUUGUUUAAAUCUAUCUUUUGUAAGUUGCAUAAAAGAUUCAAUCUGUGAAGCUAAUCCUACAAGUUCAUUAUGAUACUCAUUUUGAGAGUAAAUCAUAUCUUUUAAUCUAAAAUACUGGUUUAUAUUAGUUUCUAAGUAUUUAACUAAAGUUUCUAAAUCUAACGUCUUAAAAAUAGUCCACUGGCUAUUCUGAAUCACUGCUGUACUUAUCCGUAACGGCGCUAUUCCCGGAUUCUGAUUCAUAUCUUGCAGGUUUACGCUGCUUGCUGAUUCCACUAGGACCAGGAGCGUCAAGACUGCUUGCCACCACCUGUGGAGGGCGUUUUACGUUUUUUAUUGCUACUUUUGUAUUCCUUUUCCCUAAUUUUACCGGUACAAUAUUCCUAUAAAUUUUACCUAUAACUUUGGCUUUUUCGUACCGUGGCAUUUCCUUGCCUUUUCGAUUCCUAGUUGUUUUCAUGAAAACUUCGUUUCCUUCCUGUAUCUCUGGAGGCUUUUCACCGCCUUUUUUCUCUACCACUUUACUUUUAUUCUCUAUAAUCUUUUCGCUUACAUAUUCAUAUAAUACCUUGAAUCUUUUCCUAUGAUCCUGAACUAAUUUCUGUAAUAAAUUAUUAUCUCUAUCUAUAUCAAACGCAUUUCCUGAUUCUGUAUGUCCAAAUACUAUUUCAAAAGGUGUGAAAUUCGUUACGCUAUGAAUAGUGUUGUUAUAUGCCAUAAUAGCAUAUGUCAUUACUGAUGCUGCAUCUUGGUCGCUUUUUUCAUAUUUUGCUAACCUAUAAAUUUCAAGAAUUGUCGAAUGAAAACGUUCAACAAUACCCAUUGAAUUGGGGUUGUUUGGUGUCUCUACAUGCAUUUCAAUUUUGUACAAGGUCAGUAAUU